UUUAUCACCAGUCAGUGACUUAUCGCCCAGUCACGCGUCCCACCCACCCACAACUGUUUGGGUUCCGUAUAAAUGAGCAGCGGUGGACUUGUGGGUUUAGCCACCGCCCUUGCCCUUUCUGGCGUCUCUAUUUCCAGGGAAUCUUUGCAGACUUUGGCGUGUUUUUACGUUUUGCUUUCACUUUUCCACACGCGAGCAGAGCGUGCCUCCGUCGUCGCGUGACCCUCAGGAAAACUGUACUUCAUCAGUCAUGGCCUCCAUUAGCAGUUCAAACACCGGUUUUGCCUUGGACCUGCUCCGCACUCUGAGCCAAGGAAAUCCCACCGGGAACAUCUUCGUCUCCCCGCUGAGCAUCAGCUCGGCCCUGGCUAUGGUUUACCUGGGUGCUCAAGGAGACACUGCUGCUCAGAUGGCACAGGCCCUCUCAUUCAGCUCUGGUGAAGGUGUCCACGCAGACUUCCAGAAACUGAACGCUGACAUCAACUCGCCAUCUGCAUCAUACAUCCUGAAACUAGCCAACCGUCUCUACGGAGAAACUACCGCUAACUUCCUUCAGAAAUUCCUCAACGACACACAGAAGCACUACCAGGCAGACCUGAAGGCUGUUGAUUUCAUCGGGGCACCUGAGGCGUGCAGAGCGGAGAUCAACAGCUGGGUCGAGCAGCAGACAGAGAAUAAGAUCAAAGAUCUUCUUAAGCCAGGAACAGUCACCCCAAUGACGAGAUUGGCUCUGGUUAAUGCUAUCUACUUCAAGGGCAACUGGAUGAAUCGCUUUGAUGUGGCAAACACCAAAGAGAUGACCUUUAAAGUCAACCAGAAUGAGGCCAAGCCGGUCAAGAUGAUGUACCAGAUGAAGAAGCUGCCCUACAACUACAUCCCUGAGCUCGGUCUGCAGAUCCUGGAGCUGCCGUACGUGGAUGAGGAGCUCAGCAUGUUCAUCCUGCUGCCUCAGGAGUCCACGGACGGCUCUGACCCUCUGCUGAAGCUGGAGACUGAGCUAACAAGGGAGAAGCUGGACGAAUGGACCAACAGGGGCAACAUGGACGUCCACUCAGAAGUCCUGGUUCACCUGCCCAAGUUCAAGCUGGAGGAAGACUACGAGCUGAACGAGCCUCUGAUCAAACUGGGCAUGACAGACGUGUUCUGUGGGGCAAAGGCCGAUUUGUCCGGCAUGAACGGGGAACGAGGACUCUUCCUGUCUACAGUGGCCCACAAGGCCUUUGUGGAGGUGAACGAGGAGGGGACGGAGGCGGCUGCAGCCACAGCCGGCCUGAUAGCAUUCUGUAUGUUUAGGGAGGAACACUUCACAGCGGACCACCCCUUCCUCUUCUUCAUCAGGCACAAUAAGACCAGGUCCAUCCUCUUCCUUGGCAGGUUCUCGUCUCCUCAGUAGACAGAACCAGCAGAGUAAGAUGUUGGGCCAAUUCAAAUAAAAAAUGUGCUAAAU